AUGACUGUGAGCAUGAGUCGCACGAAAGAAAGGACCUUUGAGCACCAUGGUAACAGUGGCUAUGCUCCGGUUGAAGACGUGAAGGGCCGUCAGCCAAAGUACCGUGAUUUGGGUCAGACUCAAAAGUCCAAAUGGAAAUCUCAGAAAUGGACUUCCCCAGCCGUCAUGCUGUCUUGUUUCGCCCUUGGUCUCCUCUUUGCCGUUGGUCACCAUUUCUACUAUCGUUGGCUCGACGGACAGGUGGUUGGAAACACCACCAGGCAACAAUGGUCGCUUCGCAUUGGCAGUUUUUUCGCUCUCGCCACAGCAGCUAGCCUCAAGGUGGCUAUGGCCAAUGCAUGCAUGCAGUACAUUUGGCUGAGGUUACGGCAACGCUACCAUAAAAUGGAAACAAUCGAUGCCGCAUUCACGAUGACGGUCGAUAUCUCCCCGUUCUUCCACUCUGAACUUUACAAGAACAUGCAUAUCGGUGUAGUUAUAGCAAUAUUGAUCUGGACUAUUCCAGUUGCCAGUAUAUUUCCUCCGGCCACGCUUUCUGUGGCAGUCAGAUCACUACUAAAUACCAGCUCUUUUGAUGUCUUACAACCUUCAAUAGCCGCUCCAAAUCCUCUUAACCAGUAUGGUAAGGAUCCUUCCGAGACUGUAGCCUCGGCAUACAUGGACGCACCCAAUAUCUUCGCAACGUUGGUGAAGUCAACUGCAUUUUCAGGCAAAAUCGCGGCGCCUCAGGCCUUGGUCGCGGCGACAAAUUAUUCGUACACACUCGAAACUCACAUCCCUCGGUUCAAAUGCGCCGAAAAACCCAAUGGGUCAGCACGACAGCUUGAUAGCGCACAGAUUUUCGUGGAGCCUUUAGCCGAGCCCCUGACUUCAUUCAACAAAGAUACAUUCGAAUAUGUCAAUGGUCAGUUCGCAGAAAACGGAGUUGAGAACGCUGGUACCGGGCUCAUCUUUUACUUUGGAGUGGCAAUCCUCGAAGGCAACGACUUGGACGGUAGGGACCUUGAAACAAUUGGAUUCAACAAGACUCAAGUUAUAUUCGAUAUGACCUCCGAGGAGCUAAUAAGUCGGCCGUAUCGAGGCGCUUUUUCGGGCUCCGUUGAAAUCGCAGUCCUCACAAACCCGGGGCGGAUCAAGUUUGUUCAAUGCGAUUUUUACAACUCUUCAUUCACAACGGAAAUUUUUUUUGACAAUGGCAUCGGUGAAACACGCGUCUUAUCAGUCAAAGAUUUUGGCAGGAUACAAAAUUUCACCCAGGACUCUGGGAUGCCGGCUUCUUACCUGCAUUACUUCCUGGAGAUGAGCAAGUUUCUUACAGGUGGCACUGUAGCUCAAGAUACUAUCGAGAACUGGGCGGACCCCAUGCCUUUUCGAGUGGUCUAUUCGCGGUUUGGACCUGAUUCGACCAUUCUCGCCACCGCAAGCGACUUCUCUCAAAUGCUGCAUUACCGCAACGACUGGGUCAGCAAUGCAACUUAUACACCAUCGCCGCCACCACCUGCGACAAACGUGACGUUUGCCGACAUGUUCAAUGAGCUUAGCAUAAACGUGUCGCUCAGCCUAAUGAGCACUGCGUCCUUGAGUCGAACCACCAGCGUUACCGGUAACAUCAGCACAAUUCAGACCGUCUAUGAAUAUCGUCCAGAGAAUUUAUUUAUCUCUUACGGAACAGCGAUCUUCUGCAGUUUGAUCAGCCUGCUGGUGGGAAUCAUUGCUUAUCAGCAGAACGGGGAAGGUCAUGAUGUCAAGGUCUCUACAAUUGGAGCCAUGAUGCAAAAUCCAGAGCUUGCUCCCUUGCUAAGAAGAUCAGUCGAUGCCACACAAAGCGGUAGUGUAGGAGACAGUGACUCGAGCCAGCUUCGACUCAGACUGGGGACAUAUCCAGGUCCAGACUUCGUGGGUCGCAAUUACGUUGGCUUCGUCCAGCAAGAGGGCCCGGACACCAGUAAGGGGUAA